AUGCCCCUCAAAACAGCCAAAGAAAUCUGGGAUUAUCUCAUGGCCGAAUAUGAAGGAGAUGAGAGGAUUCUUGGAAUGAAAACCUUGAAUUUGAUUAGGGAUUUCGAGUUGCAGAAGAUGGAGUCUAAAUCGGUGAAAGAGUACUCUAACAAACUUCUCAGCAUUGCCAAUAAGGUGAGAUUGCUUGGUUCUGUAUUAAAUGAUUCCAUGAUCGUUGAAAAGCUGCUAGUCAUUGUUCCAGAGAUGUUUGAAGUCACCAUUACUACUCUAGAGAACACCAAAGACUUGUCAAAGAUUUCUCUUACAGAGCUCUUGAAUGCUUUACAAGCACAAGAGCAAAGAAGGUCUAUGAGGCAAGAAGGGGUGAUUGAAGGUGCCUUACAUGUCAAGCAUCAAGACAACAGACGGUAUAAAAACAAGAAAAUUUUUAAAAACCAAUCGACGAAUGGAGAUCCAUCUACCAAUUUUCAAAAGACAAAAGGAGGAGAUUUCAAAAAAUCCUAUCCACCUUGCCGCCAUUGUGAGAAGAAAGGUCAUCCACCAUACAAGUGUUGGAGAAGACCUGAUGCCUUCUGCUCCAAAUGCAAUCAACUUGGGCAUGAAGCUGUGAUCUGCAAAUCCCAAGAUCAGGUGAAAGAAGUAGAUGCACAGGUAGUUGAUCAAGAAGAAGAAGAAGAUCAAUUGUUUAUGGUCAAUUCUUCCUCAAGCAAAGAAUCAAGCGAGAGCUGGUUGAUUAACAGUGGGUGCACAAAUCACAUGACAUAUAACAAGGAAUUUUUUGAGAAAUUAAGAGACAUCGAAGAUAAGAGAGUGAGGAUUGGCAAUGGUGAACGCUUGGAAGUCAAGGGAAAAGGCACAGUAGCUAUAACAAGCUAUGAAGAUACAAAAUUUAUUUCAGAUGUUUUAUUUGUGCCUAAAAUUGAUCAAAAUCCGUUAAGCGUUGGUCAGUUACUUGAUAAAGGCUAUAAAGUGUUGUUUAAGAAUAAACAGUGCUUGAUCAAAGAUGCUAGUGGCAAAGACUUGUUCAAUGUCAAAAUGGAAGGAAAAAGCUUUGCUCUAAAUCUGACGGCCUUUAUAUCCAGAUUUAGUGCCACUGAGAUUUGGCAUAAAAGACUUAGACACUUUCAUCAUCGAGGUUUGCUUCCGAUGCCAUCAAAGAAGCUGGUCAAGCGUGAUAAGCUUGACAAAAAGUCAGAAGUUAGCAUCUUUGUUGGCAUGUUAGAAGAGUCUGAAGAUGAACGACUAAAAUUGUCUGAAAAUGAACAACAAGAUGAUUUGGUUGAUGAUGCACCUGUGGGAGGUACAAGGCUUGAUAUAGUAAGAUUGUUGCUUGCUAUUGCUGCUCAAAAGAGUUGGAAAGUAUUCCAGUUAGAUGUUAAAUUUGCAUUCUUAAAUGGAGUCUUGCAAGAAGAAAUUUUUGUCGAGCAAUCUGAAGGUUUUGUGAGCAGAGGCAAUGAAGAUAAAGUCUACUUGCUGAGAAGGGCUUUAUACGGAAGCAAUCCUAAGCAAAUUAACAAGUUCAAACUGGAAAUGAAAAAGAUCUUCGAAAUGAUGUCAUAUUUCCUUGGCAUUGAGAUCAAGCAAACCCAAGAUGAAGUGUUCAUUUUUCAAAGAAAGUAUGCAAAAGAGAUACUUAAAAAAUUUCAGAAGGAGGAUUGCAAAGCAAUGAAUACUCCUAUGAAUCAAAAGGAGAAACUGGUCAAAGAUGAUGGUUCUGCCAAAGUUAUUGAAGUUGAGUUCCGGAGCUUGGUAGGGUGCCUGAUAUUUAUGCAUUGUCCCAAUGAGACUCACAUGAAAGUUGCAAAGAGAGUUAUCAGAUACAUCAAAGGGACCUGGAAUUAUGGAGUGAAGUUCUUAAAGCACAAGGAAAAGAAACUAAUUGGUUUCUCUGAUCGUGAUUGGGGUGUCUCAAUCGAUGACAUGAAGAGUACAUUUGGUUACUGUUUUUGCCUCGGAUUAGGCAUGUUCUCUUGGUGCUCAAGAAAGCAAGAAACUGUAGCUAAAUCCACUGGUGAGGUAGAAUUGAUAGCUGCAACAGCCGCAGUUAAUCAAGCUCUCUGGUUAAGGAAAAUUCUCGUGGAUCUAAACUUGGAGCAAAAACACAGCACUGAGAUACUCGUUGAUAACCAAGCUGCUAUUGCAAUCUCCAAUAAUUCAGUUGAUAACUUGGAGCAAAAACUAAACAUUUUAACAUCAAGUUAUUCUUUGUUCGAGAAGUUCAAAAGAGUGGUGAUGUGA